GGUUAGUGGCCACCCCACUGGCUGCUGUCAUGGGGGUGAAGGAGAAAGUUCGGCUCACAGUGUCACACAACCCCACACUGGAGUCAUUCUACUGUAACACAACCAAGAACCCCUCACAGAGUUCUAUAGACAGUCUGUGUAAGCAGACAGGUUGUUCAGAGAGACAGGUGCAGAGAUGGUUCAGGAGACGCAGGAACCAGGACCGACCCAGUCUACUGAAGAAGUUCAAAGAGGCCAGUUGGAGAUUCACCUUUUACCUUCUUGCUUUCAUUGCUGGCCUAGCUGCCCUCAUUGACAAACCCUGGCUGUAUGACUUUAAGGAGAUGUGGCAGGGCUUCCCUAUUCUGACUCUCCUGCCGUCUCAGUAUUGGUACUAUAUGAUAGAGCUGGGUUUCUACGUCUCUCUAAUCUUCAGUGUGGCGUCAGACGUCAAACGUAAAGACUUUAAGGAGCAGAUGGUUCACCAUAUGGCCACCAUCUUCCUCAUCAGUUUCUCCUGGUGUGUCAACUACAUCAGAGCGGGCACGCUCAUCAUGCUGCUGCACGACUCCUCCGACUAUUUACUGGAGUCCGCUAAGAUAUUCAUCUAUGCUGGAUGGAGAAACACCAGUAACUACGUCUUCUUCCUCUUCGCUACCGUCUUCAUCUUCACUAGACUCUAUAUCUUCCCCUUCUACAUCAUUUAUUCUACGUACAUUUAUCCAAUGACUAUGUACUCUCCGUUCUUUGGAUACUACUUCCUGAAUUUCCUUAUGAUGGUACUGCAGUGUCUCCAUAUCUUCUGGGCCAUCCUCAUUCUGCGUAUGGCCGUCCGCUUCCUGAGCAGCGAUGAAAAGGUGGAGGACGAGAGGAGCGAUAAAGAAGAGACAGACGAGUCAGGAGAGGAAGAGGAGGGGGUGGAGAAGAAAGGCGUGGUGCAGAAUGGUCACGCCGCUCACAACAACCACCGCAAGACGGAGUAAUGAAAACGUGUGGCAGGAAGUAAGAGUGUGAAGAAUUCACAUCCCUCACAGCAGAGUGGGAGAGAUGGAGGGAAGGGGAAAGGGAGAGAGUGCUAGGGAAAAUGGAUGAAGGAGAAGGAAAGGCAUUCCUAAAGCCUGAGAACUACAGGUAGACCUGUGCCUGUGGUUAGAUACACUGUACUACAUUACAAACACUCAAUCACACACAAUUUUGGAUAUACUACAUUAAUUGGCAUGGACCUGUUAUUAUAGUCCAUUAAUAACACACACACACACACACGGGUAAUUGUGUAACAGAUUAGGAUCUAAUUAGGAUCUAUACGUAUCUAUUUCAUAAUUAUUAUUAGUUUUUUAUCAGAUAUUAUACCAACAUUUUCACAAAAUUCUCAUUCGUUUUUGAAGUCCAAAAAGUAAUAAAUCAAUAUUUUUUAACAUUGCUCCCCUAAUGAAAAUGCCUGAGAUAAACAUAACACUGAAAAUACAAAUAUUUUUAAAUGACAAUUAUUAUAAAAUUAAAAUCAGACUUUUUCCCAAUUUGAGCUCUUUAGCUGUUUUCUAAGGACUACUCUAGAUGAUGCAUCAUGGGUGAAGAUUUUUAUUUAAAAACAGGAGUUUUAUAGGAACUUGAAAAUAAUGGUAAUGAGACAUAUCCACAGACACUGCUUGUAUGUAAUAAAUAUUAUAGUUUAAUGUAAACUUCAACUAGUAUACCAUUUUUAUAAUUUAUGAACAAACUACAGCAACAUAUUUUGUUUUAUUUAAAUAAGUUAGGUUUUUCUAAAGAUGUAUUUUUAUAAAAUUACCAUGAAUUUAAUCAGGACACAUUUCAGUAAUGAACAUGUAUUUAAAAAAAUGUUUUACAUGACACUUUCCCCUAGAACUAGACAUCUUAGUCCUCAGAAUGAUAGUUGAUUUUUACAGAUGCAUCAUAAUUUUGUCACUCAAUUUGUUCCAGACAUUUUAAAACUGGUUUCAAGAGAAUACCCCCCCCCCCACCCCCACACACACACACAAGUUAAGGAAUAGCAUUGGGAACGUCACAGUGUGAUUUCAGUCCCUCUUAAAGAGUGUUCAAAAGGAUGUGAAAGGAAGAGAGGAUUGAAUGAUGAGAAUGAAGGGAAGAAGAGAAGGAAGGGGAGAAAGUGUGAUGCUGCUUCUACUAUGCCUCUUCUUACUGUACUCAUGUGCCUUACAGCCAGAUUAUGGUGCUUUUACCUUAUUCUUUUAUUUUUCACUUACCUUGUUGUUGCUCAACCUGCUAUAAGCAUGUUUUGUCCAUGUGCCUUUAUGUCCAAUACUCCAGUUGCCAUGAAAGACAGACUUUAGAAAAGAGACACAACAAGAUUUAACCUGACACACAAAUACACAAUCAUGUGAAUGUGUCCUUGUGUGAAUGUUGAUUUGGGACAUACAGAUUCGCCAGCCCUGGUUUUUAUGAUUCUAUGCAAUUAUGUUUUUUUCUGCUCAGCUCCUGUAGUGCAUCUGAAUGGGCGUUGUUUGACGUUGUUUGGGACACCUCUAAGCUUGUAGAAGCCAUGCAGUAAGAUAGUGAGGGAGUCUGGUUGUCUCCCUCACUGGUAGCAUGGGUUUAAAUACUGCACUGUAUGGACCUUGAUUUGAGGGCCUGUUUAUAAACUGCUUUAUUGAAUGGUUAAUAAACAAUGUAAUAAUGUGAAUAACUGGUUCAUAAACUGUAAUAAUGUUUAACUGGUUAAUAAACGAUGUAAUCAUGUUUAUAAGCAGCUUAUAAGCAGUCCUUCAAACAAAGUGUUAAAUCGUUUUUUGGGUAUAUUGAGAUUCUGCUGAUUCUGAAUGAUGCUCUCCUUCCUCUGCUGAUGUCAUGUUUAUGUGCCAGUGGUAACGCUCUGUCUGUAGACACUCUCCGUUGACAUUGGAGAGGAAAAUACUUUUUAUCAAACAGUUUUAUCAUGUUUUCGCUCUGUACGUGCGUGACUAAUUCAGUAUAUCUUCUGAGUAUCAUUGACAUCUUACCAAGGUCACACAGGCAGAACUUUAUUUUCAGUAUAUUUCAAUAGUUUUUGCAAAAACAAAAAUUGCCAUUGUAAAUGUAAAGGCAAAAAACAUCAACAGUCCAGCCAGUCAGGAUCCCAAAUAGAAUGUCAAUAAUUCCGUUUUUUUUUUUUUUAAGCAAUAUUUUAACUGUUUUCCAGUCUAGACCAGUUAAGACCAGUAUGGACCAGUUGUGGUUUCAUUCCAGUGUGGUAUGACGCAUGUCAUCGACUAGAGAUGCAUUCAACUCCGCUAACGAUUAUGAAGCUCCCAACUCUGAGCGCCCACCAACAAUCCAAUUCACCAAGAAUGUUUGACAACAGGAGCGAACUGUUCUAUUCUAUUGAAAACACUUGAUUGUGUACUCUUUCUUCCAACAAUGACCUUGUAAGGACGAAAGUUUUCUGCAAAUGUUUGCAGAGUUGAAUGCCAGUCUGGUUUGGUCCAGUCCAAUCUGUUUCUGGGCACAUUGAUACAGUAAAAUCCUGACCCAUACUGAUGAUAUCAUGCCUCAUGAUGGAUAUUCAUCGGGGGCCUGGAUUGGUUGGUCAGAAUAGGACAUUUCUUCUCAGGAGACUGGAAAGGGCCAUUGUAAUUUAGGCUUUAUUUAGGGCAGAUUUUUUAGGCCAUACUGCCCCGGAUUAGAUUAUCCCGUGUGUGGUAUGUGUUUUUUUGUUAUUCUAGAGUGAUUUGAGGUAUGAUUCCUAUGAGAAACAGGUUUACAGUCAUGUUUCAUGUUUGACAUCAUUGUUUCAGAAAAGUUAGGAUUUUUCUUGAGUUUGGAUUUUAGCAACUCAAUUGCUCAGUAAGCAAAAGUAUGAUAAAUGGAACAAUGGAAGUAUUGUAUUUUUAUCAUGAUAUAUUUUCAAUUGUUGUUGUAUGUUAAGUGCCUUAUCUGUAAUGUAGGUGAUAGCCUACCCUCUCACCUUUCUACCUUCUUCAGCUCCUCUCAUCCUCAUUCAUCCUUUCUCCCUCUUUCUUUUCCUUCUUAUUGUUCCAUAUGUCCCCCACUCCUUCUACUCAUCCAUCUCCUCCUCCUCCCUUAUUCUGAGAUCCUCCCCUCACAGCCUUUCACAUCCCCAUUCCAACCCUCGUUCAUUUGUACUAACCUUGACAAAUCUUCCUCUCUUCCCCGUCACUUUGGAUAAACAACAGUCAUGUAAUUACAGUGUUAUUUUUUUGUUUGUAUUAUGAUGCUUAAGUAUUAUCAUUAAUAAUAAAAACAACGAUCAUGAAUCAC